AUGUCUUUAAUCGAUGAGAAGCUUUCAUUAUAUCUUCCAGUUGAGGAGCAACUUUAUGAUAUGAAAAUACCUUCUCAAAUUUCCAACUUUGCAGAAUUGUUUAAUGUCAAUCCCAAUGAAACAAUCAAUAAUCUAAGAAAAUUAGACGAAAUUUAUUGCGAUCCAUAUUAUCUAGCAAAGAUUUUAUGCAUUACAAAAGGCAUUUCUAUAUACAGACGUUCGGAUAUCCUAUUCAAUCCGUUAUUUCAGCCGCAACCUUUGCUAUUCUUCUUCUUUUCGGCCCUAAAUACAGAGUUUACAACAAUUCUUGACUCAGCUACAAUAUUUUUCUCACUAUUUGCUUUUCCAAAUAACGCUUCAUUACUCAAAAUAAUUUUCGGUGCAUUUGCCGAUGCAUAUUUAUCGAAAAAUGCAAAUUGUGUGCUAUUAAAGAACGAUGUAGUUGCCAUUUCGGUUGCACUUAUCGGGUUUUGCGCAAGUUCAUCUUCCACAACAAUGGUAUCUCCUGAAAUUUUUAAACUUUACUUCAACAGAUCAUCAUUACCUGAAGAAAACAUAUUCGGAUUGUAUACAGCUAUUACAACUCGUCCAGUAGAUGUGAAAUUUACUUUUGGACAGUAUUACGAGCUCCCAACUCUUUCCAAAUCAGCACUGAUAUCAUGUAAGAAGACAAUCUUCAAGAGAAACAAAGUUACAUGCCUUAGAACAAACGGAUAUUGGCUUGAAGUUUAUUCUGACGCAAAAUAUCAGAAUCUGAGAAAUUCGUUCCUUCUUUACGACGUUACUGCAGAGGUCACAAAAAGUGGCGAUGAUUUCAAUUUAGAAAUUUCAAGCAAUAAUAAUAAUUCGAAAUUGAUCAUCGGACCAAAUAAGUUCUACGAAGAUUCGAAGCUUGUCAUUAAUGGAGAUCAAUACGAGCAGCUAAAAGAAUGGGUAGAGGUAAUUAAUUACAUAUCGUUUUUAUGCUGUCUCCACAACUUAGUAAACGAUUCAGUACAAAGAGGAGAGGUUAAGAAAGAAUUUUUGUUUUAA